AUGCAAGGCGUGCGGGGAAAAUGCCUGGCCCUCAGACUUGAAACGCGAGCGCAAGCGGUCAAGCCCGCCUUACCGCAUCUGCAUCGGCUGUGCUGGACGGCGGGGCGCCUCUUGUCAAAGAAGAUCGACAUUGUCGCAAUGAGGAGCAAGAUACCAAUGCAGAUAGCUAUGUUCAGUCAGUCAGUCAGUCUACUGCUACUAGACACUACUAAUCGUGCACGACAUCUCAUCCCGUUCGAGGGCGGCAUGCAUCUGCAUUCGUGA